CAACGAAGUCUUGAUUUUGCUCUAAUCACAUAUGGACAAUCAUCAAAAUGUAGCCACAAAUGCAAUCGGCUUUUGCCUUCUUCCCUCUGAGCUCAUACAAAAUAUACUUCUACAUCUGGCUUUACCAGAAAUCAUCGCCAUGAAAGUAGUCAACAAGUCCAUUGCUUCUGUUUUUUCUGAUCAACACUUCGUUCGUCAAUGCAAUUUCCGAUCAAAGUCAGCUACGUGGCUUUUUCUCUACAAGAAGCGUUGGAAUUGCGACGCCAUGCUUGAAGGGUUCUCCGAUCAAUCCACCCGCUGGUUCAAGAUCUCCAUUGCUGAGUUGUUGAAACCACUCGUUUCUCCAAGACAAAAUCUCUACUUCUUGACUGCUAAUGGAAAUAUUUUUCUUUUCAUCUGCAACACCUACCAGCAAGUUGUCGCAGUUAAUCUCGUUAAGAGGACAGUUAGAAGAAUCCCGGACAGUCCUCUAGGUCCACGUGGCACCUCUUCGUGGCGAAGAUCCGGAAUGAAAUUAGUAACCCGGUUCGCGUCUGAUCAAUUUCGGUUUUUGUUUGCUGACUUGGUUGAUAACCGUCCAGUUUUGUUCGAGUACAGCUCCGAAACGGACACAUGGAAGUCUUCGGAAGCAAAGGAAAUUCUCGACAAUUUGCAAAUUCCACAUGUCGAUAAAAGAGAGGAUGAUUAUAUUUUCGUCAACGCGACAAAUGAACCUAAUGAAAGUGUAGUGGUAGCCGUUGAAUCAGAAAACAGCACUGCCCCGGUGAUUGUACGACCGAGAUUUAACGGAGGAGGAAGCUCAAUGGAAAGGCUACACGUGUACGGUGAUGGGCAUAUGAUGAUAGUAAGAUCAAAGGGCGUUGAGAAUGGGAGGGAGUUGAAAGGAAUAGAAUUAUGGGGGUUGAAUUUGAGAGAAAAUGGAAAAGAUUGGGAGUACAUUUCAACAGUCCCAAGUGAAAUAAUAAGGAAGAUUAAUAAGCCAUAUGGGUUUCUGAUUGGAUGCUUAGAGAAAGCAGAUGGGGUAAUUCAGAUGGUAUUAUUGUUUAGUUACGAGUGUUUAAGAAGACUUAUCUGGCUAUCUUAUGAUGUAAAUAAGAAAAAGUGGAGUUGGUGCCCAGUCCCUGAUUGUAAAAUGAAGGGCUUUAACAUGGCGGGAAUUGGUUUGGCACAUGGCCUUACCCUGUCUUGAUAUAUUGGGGCCUAUCACAAUUGUAUUGUAUCGGGUCACUCUUUAUAGACUAAUUCGACUACACCAAAUGAAAUUUUAAAUCUAAUUA